AUGAGUAAGUCAAACAUUAAUAAGAAAUUGAAACUCUUAGAGAAAUCAAUUUAUGAUGAUCUAAUCAACAAAAUAAAAGGAUUAGAUUUAGACAAUGCAAUUAUUGAAAAAAUUGAAGGUACAAUAUCAAAACCUAAAAGAAAAGCACCUGUCACUCCGAUAGAAAAACAAUGCGGAAAGUUGACAAAGAAAGGUGAAAAAUGUAAAAUUGCUAUGUGUUAUAAAAGAACAUGUUGGGCCCACUUAACAAAAGAACAAAAAGAAGAAUAUAGAAAAUUAAAAAAAAUAAGGUGUGGGGUGGCACAUAUGAAAUCGUUUUAG